AUGGUGUUUGACAGCUCGGGGCCCGCCGGCAGGGCUGUGAAGCGGCCCCGGCCCGUCAAGAGCUGCAACUCGUGCCGCCAGCGCAAGCUCCGCUGCGACAGGUCGUGCCCAUGCUCACAGUGCCUCAAGUCCAACAGGCCCUGCAAAUAUGCCUCCGAGAAUGAACCCGCCGGAUCUGAGGGUUCUGAUGUCGAGGGCUCCCCGAGGCCUACCAAGCGCCAGCAGCAGCACCGCCCCCCACCCUCCUCCUACGCUACUGACACGCCCACGCCCACCACAGCCCACCAGCAGUCGGUCGCCGGGUUCAGCACCUCGGGCGAGCAGGCUCGGGUAGCUGCCGGCACCGCCUCGGUCGUGGAGCAGCUUGGUGCCAGGUUGGACCGUCUGGAGAGGCUGGUCCUGCUCAAUAACAGCGACAACAAUCACAACAGUUAUGUCAAUGGCUCCUCUCCAUACGCGCUCGAAUCUGGCGUCCCGAACAGCAGCAGCAGGGACCCCUACUCAAUACACCCCGCUUCUGUGGCCGCAGCAUCAACUACCAUCCGAGGCCUCAGCGUGAAGGGGAACCUGAGGACGCGCUUCCUCGGCCAGAACAGCACCAGAGUGCUGCUGAAUCUGUUCGACGAGGCCAGGGAUUUCAUGUUCAACGGGUCACGCGUCGAGGACAUCAAGAACCUCUUUGGCCAGCUGCACAAGAUCUACAAGGCUAUCUCAGAGGAGAACCGGAGGGGCUUGGCCCCAAUCGCCGUCUUCACCGACUCCAUGCUACCCGUGCAAAAGAGAAUGGCCGAUAUCCUCCCCAACAAGGUCAUCUGUGACCGCCUGCUGGACGCCUACAUCACCAUGUCCGAGGGGCUUUACCGCAUCAUCCACGUGCCUACCUUCCGGGCCGAAUACGAGGCCUUCUGGCAGCAGAGGCCGGUGUCGGAUGCCUUCCUCCCUUGCCUGAUGUGUAUGCUGUCCCUCGGCGCCAGGUUUGAAACGGACAAGCGCGGCCUGAGCCACGAUCGUGCAGACGGCAUUCACGCUCCAACCGCGUGCGCUCUCGCCCGCGCAUGGCUGGACGGCCUGCGAGGGAAGCAGCUGGUGGACAUCAACACGCUACAGUGCGAAGUGCUGCUGCUGCAUGCCAGGCGGAUGAUGUGCUCACGGAACCAGGAGUCAUGGACACAGCUGGGCUUCAUCGUUCGAAUGGCCAUGACCAUGGGUCUUCACAGAGACCCGGACGAAUUUCCACAAAUCAGACCCUUCUACGCGGAGCUGCGUCGGCGGCUGUGGUACACCGUUAUGGACAUGGACCUCCACGUUGCCCUGGCCUGCAAUCUUCCCUGCUCCGUGCGCGAGAACGAGUACACCUGCAGACCGCCCGGCAACAUCGAUGACGCCGACAUCUACCCAGACAUGCUCUCACUUCCGCCAUCAAAACCCAUUGAUGAGUUCACCAACACCCAGCUGCAGGCCUAUGCCUCGCGCACCCUACCGCACCGUAUGCGCGUGUCCAGCAUCAUCAACAGCCUUGACACGCUGCGUGGCUUCCGGGAGGUGCUCGACUGUGGCACCCAGCUGGAGCGCCUCCUCGACGAUGUGAACCACCUCUUCCCCCGACGCAACCAGAGCCUCAACAACUCCGCCAAGUUCAAAGACUGGCGCAUGCGUGCCCUACUGGAUAUGCACGUCCGCCGACCGCUCCUCGCUCUCUACCGGCCCUUCGCUCUCAGCACGGUUGAAUGUCCCGAGCACAUCACCACGGGCUACCUCAAGUCGUCUAUGGUGAUGCUCACCUACCUGGAUGAGCUAGAUCCGCUGGUGCCUGGGUUCUCGGACGUGUGCCACAUGUAUCACAUCGUGCUUAAGCACGACAUCAUGCAGGCCGCCUUCUCCGUGUGCUACUUCAUCAAGCUCGCGCACGAGCAGGAGCGGGCACGCAAUGGUGGCCUCGUCGCCAUCAAUGGCCAGCUGCCCAGCCCAGAGGCACAGCACCGCCCCGGUGAGCUUGGCUUCAUCGACGCCCUCGACAACCGCAUGGUCUGGUCUCUGCAGGGCAUGAUGCGCGCCGUCCAGAACACGCUGGACCACUCCAUCGCCCUGGCCACCGACUCGAGCUGCGACCUGAAGGAUACGCUGGUGCUGGAUGUCGUGCUGAACAGUGUGAAGUGGGACGGGGCGGACGAGAGGAUCAGGAGGAUCACCGACGAGCUUAGCAAGAUCGUCGAAGUCUGCCUGGCAGCCCUCAAGACAAGUCCUGAGGGUCUUGCCAGCAUGCCGGUGAGUAAACAUACCAUCAGCGUCUGA